AUGCCGACAGACAGGUUGUCGAGCGCAACUCCGAAAAUAGUUCGACUCGUCCGGCGUAAGUCCAGUAUUGUCCCGAAGUUAAUCGUCCCGACCGCUCCUCUCAGACCCCAAGCGCCUAACUCUACCAGUUUGCUCCAACCUAACCCGACGGGGACAUACGAACCAACAGUUCCAGACAUCCUCACUGUUCGAUCUUAUUUUCUACUACGCCUUCCCUAUGAGCUUGUCGACAAAAUCUUAGACGAAGCUUGCUACUGGACUCACAGCACGGUCACAGUAAAAUACCCUGCUUGUGCAGACAGUCGGUACUCAGCGGAUCGCAUGUAUAUGCGCACACUCCCCCUUGCAAUGCCCGGAACUGAAGGUGAUUUCGUCUUUUCUCCUCAAGAACCCAAGGAAAUUCGCCUCGGCACAGGCCUAGAAAGGAGUAACCUCUCCUUAUACCACAGGUUACAUCCAUGCCGCCGGAUCGUGUUUGAGUUGUGGAGCCACGACCAGGGCUGGUCCUCCAGCGCCUUAGACCGCGGAACGUACAACGGAUCAUUCAGCUGGUGGGACGCUUCCUUCGAGACCCCACAUCCGGAGAUCGCUUGUAUCGCGAAUAUCUCCUGGCCAUCUUUGCUCAAUGAACAAAUCCGCCCUUCCAUCUCAAACGAUAAAUCGCUCCAGCGAAAUUUACAUGUGGUGUACAAGACAACUCACCAUACAGUGGAGUGGAGCCAUAUCGAUGAGGCUAUUUCUGCAGAGGAUCAACACGCACUCGAGGAUCUCGGACGAGGUCGGUUGUCAGGUGAUGGGAGCUUCGUGCGUAACUUGAAAGUGGGAGAUUGCAUUGUACUGUGGGCAAGUGCGAGAUUCCCGGGGUGGCAAAUGUACGCGGAGAAGGCAAAGAUCAGUGUCUAUUGGGCAGUCUAG